AAUAUCGACCCGUUACUGUCGUUGAGAAAAUUUUUCUCAUCACUAUCGUACGAUUUGCUGCUACCUUGCAAAAUUUAUUUUUAUUAAUAACCAACAUCGGCAUCUGGUGGAAUUAGUAGUGCUACAUAAGUAGUGAAACAACAGAAAUGUAUUGUGGAAUGAAGAUAGCGUUUCUUUUUGGAUUUUUACUGAGCAAUGUCUGUGCUCACUACAGUGGGCCUUUUUUGUUCUGGGGGCUUGAUGAUUUGAAAGGCGUCGAAGUUUCGGCACUGGAAGAGCUAGAUGAUAAAUUUCUACGCGACUUGUACUCGAAUGCUGCUGCUGUGGUCGUUUUUCUUCGAAAUGGCACAGCCAAACUGAACGAUGAUAACUUUCCUAGCUUCCGGAGGAUCAUCGAGAAACACCAAUAUGUUUACAGUCCACAGCAGGGACUGAACUCUAACCCGAUGGACUACAAUGUCAAUGCUGAGAUAAUAAAUCUGGUCGGAUCACCCGCACAACAGGAUGUAGAGCUUUCCGCACUGUACCGCGACUCGGUUGCCAAUUACGGAGACCACAAAGUGUUGGGUAUAUUGGCUAACAGAUGGGAUGAGCCGCACCGCGCGCUGUACAAACGUGAAGCCAAAUCGGAUGACUCGGUUACCAGCACGACGACACCGGCUGGGCCAACGGAUGAGCCUGAAAUUGACGAUGCUAUUUACAACGUACCCGGAAAGGCUCUGAUCUACAUUACCUCGGCUCCGAUUCUUACGAUCAACAGCACCGAAGAUGAGUACGUACUAAACAAACACACUGUGGCGACGUAUGACGCAAGGGAGCGGGAAAGCAAGUUGAUCGUUACGUUCAAGGUGGAGGACACGACCAAGCUAACACUAAAGUUUCGCUUCGAAGUGGAUUCCGGUUAUUGGACUAUGUCAAAAGUAGACGUCUUUUUGAUUGAUACCAAGAGCAAAGAUGGCAGCAAGAGCGUUGACACUACGCUGGAAAUCGACGGUGAUGCUCCGUAUGCUCCAUUGGGAUUUUCCUAUUCCUGCUCGAGGCAGCUCGUGUUCCGCAAUGGUUCGUCGGUACUCACAUUGGAGAACAUACAGGUUCAACCAGCGUUGGAGGGAGGUACCAAGUUCGGCAGCGCCUGGGACUGCAUUGGUUUUACCACCGGCCCGAUUUGGUCCGGUUUGUUUAUCACGACGUUCAUGGCGGUCGGCUUAUCGAUUGCCAUCUGCGCAAUACUGGAUAUUAAACCACCGAACCGGUUCGAGUCCCGCACAGGAAAGCAACUGACAUUCACCGUUCAAGAGUAAGCACGUCGGGAUAGCCUAAAACAAGCCUCGGUACGUAUGCCCCCGAGGCCUGGUGACACUAUCAGCACCGGAGCCGGGGUCUGAGAUUCGGUCACUAUCCAGACGAUAACUCUACCAUCCCCAGCUUUCGCCAUCAUUCAUUUCGCAUCUAUUGUGAACCGGUAGUCUAAUGAAGCAUGACCGGAAUAAACCGAAUAAACAGCAGUAUGUGGUAGUCAACCUUUAGUGCAUAAAACGAUCAGAGAAAAAAAAAACAAAUAAAAUUAGUCAUUAAGUCAAGAGUUGAUCAUCACUUGAACCUAAGGGGUCUACUAUGCGUUAAAUGAUUAAUAAAAAGAAAAAAGACAAACUGCACUUUCUUAUUAGGUUUUCCAAUCUGGAGAAAUGCAUGUCCAAACGACACAUAUUUAUAUAUGUAAGUUUCUGGCAUCAGUUGUAACGGCAGCAUUUUUAUCUCGAUGUUACACACCUCUAAUUACGGUAGCUCAUUUGCAAUCGUCGUUAUUCCGACGGGUGAAACUUUAACGAUACUAAAGUUCAUCGGUUUAUUACCACUUGAUAGUGUCUCGUUUUGUGUGCGAUUAAGCGUUAAGCCAUCUACGGAUAGUUCGGUUAAAAGAAAGAAAUAAUAAAUUAUGAUUCGACCCAACAUUUCUCGAACAAGUGAUUGAUUAGACAUUUGCAGCUUACCAUCAUGAACCGUGUGUUGUUUAGUUAAUGAAAUAAUAAAUUGUAAUUUGCGAAAACAGAAAAUAA